CUCUACUCGGUCCCGGUUAUGCACAGUCGGCAAGCUUUACAGAUAGAAGAUACUGAUACUCACACUUGUCUUCUAAAAAGAUGAAACAUUUUGGCGCCAAUUCUUGCCACUUCUAGACAGUAGGCUAAUCACAGUCUCUGUUUGCGUCUUCCAUCACCACCAGCAACAAAAAACAUGACUGCGGACGAUCGCACAGUGGUGAUCGUCGGAGCUUCAUCCAAGCACGAUCAGGAUGGUCAAGGAGAUCUUCCGCCAGAAGCUCGAUGGGGUUUGGGUGGCGCUCUUGCCCUGGCUUUUGCUAAGUUAAGCAUCAAUGGCAGUUUGACUGUGCGUUUUGAAUCAGAGUUUCUUGAGCCAGUAGUUGGAACGCACUUCGUCCAGUUGAGAUAAUCUUUUCGUCCCCAUUUUCAAAUCUAACCAACGAAGGCUUCCACAUUGUUCUCACGAGUCGACGCGUCUCGGUUUUAGAACAGCUAGCAGAAGAAGUUCGCAAACUCCAAGACCCGAAAUAUCAGACGAUUUGCGUCAGCUGUGACGUGACACAAGACGAUGCGGUACAGAAGGCUUUUGAAGAAACUAUCAAGAGCUCUCUGCCAGCAACCGCCUUCAUCGAUUGCCUCAUCUUCAACGCAAGUCCGGCUUUCCCUCCGAACUUUUCCUUUGGUCAGAGCGCGCCAAAAGCCCACGAACUCGAUCCAGCUUACAUGACGCAUUCCUUCGAUGUGAGUGUUAAUGUUAAGGCACCUGCUUGUUUGUAAAGGAAUUCAUUUUAUUGUCGCUGAAGAUGUUCAGUAGCAGUUUUGUUACAUCGAUCUAGUAGAAGUUUUUUGUAAAAAUGGUUGGAGCUGGAGGUUAAGUACGUCUUGUACAGGUUCAUGUAAUUCUAAUUGUAAGAGCGAUGUACAUUUUACCCAGGCACGGCCACGAACAAAAAUGUUGUGAAUCUACCUAAGCAUUCUCAAUAGAAUUCCGAUUCUUCUAACACCCGGCUGAUCCGCUGCCUCAAAUACGUUAUACCAGGAAUGGAGGAAAGAAAGCGUGGCUGUAUCCUGCUCUCGGGCGCAACUAUGCAGUUACGCGGAGGCGCUAACUUCGCUGCUCUAGCACCUGGCAAAACAGCUCUCCGCAGUCUAGGUCAAUCCAUGUUCCAAGCCUAUGGACCCCUUGGCAUUCACGUAUGCAAUAUCAACGUAGAUGGCGUCAUUGACUCCGCGAAUACAAGGAAGUGGAUGGGCGCGGAAAAAUUGAUGAAAUGUGACGAAAUCGCUCAGCAAUACGUGGCGAUGUAUAAGCAACCUAAAACAGUGUGGUCAUUUGAAUUGCAGAUUACGCCUGACUGGAGCGCGCCAACGGUGGGCAUGAGGAUGUGAAUCAACCAGGUAGUUAGGUGUGAAGGAUGUCUAUUUUUAUUCAUAUCGUGUCUCUGACGUUUUGCGAAGAUGAAGAAACAUGUUACCAUGCAUAAAUAUAAACAUUUCUUCGGCGUUUACUCAACUUAUGGACAGACGCCGCGUCUUGCUCUUGUUCAAAGACGUGCACCAUAAGCGC